CUUGGGCGGGCGCCGCGGAGGACCGUCACGUACUGUGUGAGAGCGGAACUUGUUCGGGAUUCCUUCAGCUCGGUUUCUUCCCAGCUUGUAUUUCUAGCGCGCCGUAGGCGCGGCGCUCCUCCCCUGCGGUGGGCGGCGGCGCGGGCCCCGGGCCCGGCAACAGUACGCAGAAUGAGUCUGCAUAUCUUAAAUGACGAAAAUGUCCCCAGUGAAAAGAAUCCAGAAAGCUUUGACUUCCUGUUUUCACAACCAGAACUUACCGGAAGAUCCUCUGUUCUUCGUCUGUCACAGAAAGAAAAUGUACCGCCCAAGAACCAAGCUAAAGCAGCAAAGGUGACUUUUCAGACACCUCUUCGGGAUCCACAGACACACAAAAUCCUAAGUCCUAAUAUGACCAGCAAACUUAACAAUCCUUUUGCUCUGGAUGACAGUAUUGGAUUAGAAAACGACCACUGUGACAUCUUUCAGAAAGAGAACCAGCUGCCUUUGGCCCCAGUGGAUGAUGCCCCUGUUGUUCAGUCGGCAGCUGAGAUCCUAAGAGCAGAAGGCAAGUUACAGGAGGAAAUCUUGAAUUCCUCAAGCACUUCAGCUUCCACGAGUGUUCUGGAUGGUGAGCUGAUGGCCGCUCCCAUUGAGCCAGUGCUGGAGCCUUCCCAUCAGGGACCAGAGUCUACCGUGGACAAUGAGCUCAUGGCUUCUCCCAUCAAGCCAGUGCUGCAGCCUUCCCAUCAGGGACCAGAGUCUAUCGUGGACAGUGAGCUCAUAGCUGCUCCCAUUGAGCCAGUGCUGGAGCCUUCCCAUCAGGGACCAGAGUCUACCGUGGACAAUGAGCUCAUGGCUUCUCCCAUCAAGCCAGUGCUGCAGCCUUCCCAUCAGGGACCAGAGUCUAUCAUGGACAGUGAGCUCAUGGCUGCUCCCAUUGAGCCAGUGCUGGAGCCUUCCCAUCAGGGACCAGAGUCUAUUGUGGACAGUGAGCUCAUGGCUUCUCCCAUCAAGCCAGUGCUGCAGCCUUCCCAUCAGGGACCAGAUUCUAUCAUGGACAAGUCUGUCUUGGACAAUGAACUGAUGGCCCCUCCUACUGAGCCGGUGCUGGAGCCUUCCCAUCAGGGACUAGACCCAAUUUUGGACCUAAAGGAAGAGAGUUUCAGAGACCCAGCAGAAGUUCUAGGUACUGGCGCUGACGUGGAUUACCUGGAGCAGUUUGGAGCUUCCUCGUUUAAGGAGUCAGCCUGGAGGAAGCAGUCUUUGUAUUUGAAAUUUGACCCCCUCCUGAAAGAGAGCCCUUUGCGUCCAGUGCCAGUGGUCCCAGUGACAAAUAGUACACAGGACACAGAUGAGUCUGCUCAGUCUGCUGCGGGAAAUCCAAUGGAAGCCAAGCUUGUGGAUUUAGAUUUCUUGGGCGCUCUGGAUGUUCCUGUAUCAGGCCCACCCCUGUGUGUCCUGGAGCCCAGAGGCCUCCUUCCUGCUGAGCCUAUUGUAGAUGUGCUGCAAUACAGCCAGAAAGACCUGGACGCAAUGGUGAAUGCAACACAACAGGAGAACUUGGAGCUGAGAAGCAAGUAUGAGGACCUCAACGAGAAAUACUUGGAGAUGGGGAAGAUCGUGGAUGGCUUUGAGAAGAUCGUGUACAAGUCAAUGGAGGAUGCUGAGAAACAGAAGGAACUUGCUGAAGACAAAAUCCAGAAGGUCCUAAAAGAGAGAGACCAGCUUACUGCAGACCUGAACUCCAUGGAAAAGUCCUUCUCUGACCUUUUCAAGCGGUUUGAGAAGCAGAAGGAAGUGAUUGAAGGCUACCGCAAGAAUGAAGAGUCACUGAAGAAGUGUGUUGAGGAAUACAUAGCGAAGAUUGAAAGGGAAGGCCAGAGGUACCAGGCACUGAAGGCCCAUGCGGAAGAAAAGCUCAAGCUUGCAAAUGAGGAGAUCGCCCAGGUACGCAGCAAGGCCCAAGCAGAGGCACUGGCUUUCCAGGCAAGCCUGAGGAAGGCACAGAUGCAGAUCCACUCACUGGAGAAGACUGUGGAGCAGAAGACUAAAGAAAAUGAUGAGCUGACCAGGAUCUGCGAUGACCUCAUCUCUAAAAUGGAGAAGAUCUGACCAUAGCCAGCUAUCACCAGCCCUCUUCUGUCUGUCUGUCCUUUUCUUUGUCUGUCUGAUAUCUCUCUUUUGUGUGGUCUUUUAACCACUAUUCAUUUCUAAGUCACAUUACUCUGAAAAAACUAAAGUUUAAUUUCAAAGUCAACCUAGGUCCUGUUGUUUAUUUUU